CAGUGCAGGAGAGGAAGGAACCCUGGGAAGGAUGGACACCAACCAAGACGUCCCAGCCAUCGACAGUCACAGAGCACUCCAAAUAUGGAUUACUGAGAACCUAAAGAUGCUGCCGCUGCCUGAAAGGGCUCAUGGGAAUUUCUUCGAGGAAUGCUGCUAUGUCAUCCUCCACGUCCCUCAGAGCCCAAAGGCCACCCACAGAGGGUCCGGGGACCUGCACUAUUGGAUCGGCAAGGAGGCCAGCGCAGAGAGUCAGAGGGCUGCAGUCACCUUCCUGCAGCGCCUACAGGAGGCUCUAGGAGACCAGACGGCGCUGCACCGAGAGUCACAGGGCCAUGAGUCCGACCGCUUCCACAGCUAUUUCCUCCCCGGUGUCAUCUACAGGAAGGGAGGCCAAGCCUCUGCUCUCAAGCAUGUGGAGACCAACAUGUACAAGGUCCAGCGACUGCUACACAUCAGGGGAAGGAAGCAUGUGUCUGCCACUGAGGUGGCCUUGUCCUGGAACAGCUUUAAUAAGGGGGGCAUCUUCCUGUUGGACCUGGGCAAGGUGUUGAUCCAAUGGAAUGGACCUAAUACUGGCAUUUCUGAGAAAUCACGGGCACUGACCCUGACUUGCAGCCUGAGGGAUAGGGAGCGUGGUGGCCGUGCCCAGAUUGGCGUGGUGGAUGAUGAGAAGAAAGCCGCAGACCUCAUGCACAUCAUGGAGGCUGUGCUGGGCUGCAGAUCAGGCAGCCUGAGUGCUUCUGCACCCAUCAACAGUGUUAGCCAGCAGCAGAAGGCCCACAUCCGCCUCUACCAUGUCUGCGAGAAGGGAACAGACCUGGUGGUCCAGGAAUUGGCCACCCGACCACUGACCCAGGACCUCCUGCAAGAGGAAGGCUGCUAUCUCCUGGACCAGGGUGGCUUCAAGAUCUACAUGUGGCAGGGACGAAAGUCCAGCCCCCAGGACAAGAAGGCUGCAUUCAACAGGGCUGUGGCUUUCAUCCAGGCCAAAGGCUACCCAAACUACACCAAUGUGGAGGUGGUGAAUGAAGGUGCAGAGUCCACAGCCUUCCAGCAGCUGUUCCAGAUGUGGUCAGAGGAGCAAGAUGGGAAAAAACACAAAGGGAAGAAUAAACUGAUGCAGGCAAAGCCGGACAUAGGCAAGCUGCACACCCAGCCUGAGCUAGCGGCCCAGCUCAGAAUGGUGGAUGACGGCUCUGGGAAGGUGGAGGUGUGGUGCAUCCAGGACUUACAAAGGCAGCCUGUGGACCCCAAGCACCAUGGCCAGUUGUGCUCAGGAAACUGCUACCUUGCUCUCUACACAUACCAGACACUUGGCCGUGUCCGGUACAUCUUGUACCUAUGGCAGAGCCACCAGACCACCAUAGAAGACACCCAGGCCCUGAGCCGCAAUGCUGAGGAGUUGGACCUCAUGUACCAGGGAGCACUGGUGCAGGAACAUGUGACCAUGGGUAGAGAGCCCCCCCACUUCCUAGCCAUCUUCCAGGGGCAGCUGGUGGUCUUCCAGGGGUGUGCAGGCAACAGAGGAAAGAGACCGCCGACAUCCAGCCCGAGGCUGUUCCACGUGCAAGGGACUGACAGCCACAACACCAGAACCAUGGAGGUGCAAGCCCGUGCCUCCUCCCUCAUCUCCAGCGACAUCUUCUUCCUGGUCACAAAUGAUGCCUGCUACCUCUGGUUUGGGAAGGGCUGUAGUGGAGACCAGCGUGAGAUGGCACGGAUGGUGGUCGCCGUCUUCCCAGGAAAUAACAUGGAAACGGUGCUGGAGGGUCAGGAGCCUCCCCACUUCUGGGAAGCCCUCGGAGGGCGGGCUCCCUAUCCCAGCCACAAGAGGCUUCCCGAGGUCUCCUGCAUCCAGCCCCGACUGUUUGAGUGUUCCAGCCCCUCAGGCUGCCUGGUUCUCACGGAAGUGGUGUUCUUUGGCCAAGAGGACUUGGACAAGUAUGAUGUCAUGUUACUAGACACCUGUCAGGAGAUCUUCCUGUGGCUUGGGGAAGCUACAGGUGAGUGGAAGAAGGAGGCAGUGGCCUGGGGCCACGAGUACCUGAGGACUCAUCCAGCGGAGAGGAGCCUGGACACACCCAUCGUUCUGGUCAAGCAGGGCUAUGAGCCUGCCACCUUCACUGGGUGGUUUACCACCUGGGACCCCUACAAGUGGAUGAACAACCAGUCUUAUGAGGAGGUGGUGGAGGGAAGCCUGGGACCAGGGGUCGCCGUUUCUGAGAUGACAGCAGAAGUACAUAACUUCCAGAUAACUCAACGGCUGAGUGAUAACAAGGCAGGUCCCUCGACUCUACUAGCCUCCAAGGGUUCCCAGGAUUGCCCAGAGAAAGAUCUGGAGCUGGGCCUCAGCGUUGAUGGCAAGGAUCCUAGGAUAAGCUCCACCAGCAGCUGCUGCAGUUCAGUGGCCAAUGGGAGCCUGCCCCGGGAAAGGCUGAUGCACCAGGCUGUGGAGGACCUGCCACAGGGUGUGGACCCUGCCCGCAAGGAGUUCUAUCUCUCAGACUCUGACUUCCAAGACAUCUUCGGGAAAUCCAAGGAGGAGUUCUACAGCAUGGCCAAGUGGAAGCAGCAACAAGAGAAAAAGAAGCUGGGCUUCUUCUGAGCUGGGGAGCCCUGCUCGUCACCCCGAGUCUCCUGGAACACCUCCCCAAUAAAAGCCAGUGGUGUGUCAGGUGUGGCCCGUGUGCCUUCAAGCUGCCCCGUCUGGUGGAGCCCUCUUCUCGCAGCAGGGCCCUGUGGCACUCUGGGCUAUACCCUCCUCCAUGAAAAAGAUUCCUUCAGACUGCUCACUCCAAAUGACCCCAUGAUGGUGGGAAGGGUGAGGUCUGGAGGGCUUCUCCAGUGUCUAUGUAAAAAAGACUAUUUAUUAGGCUUUACCUGGUGAUUUUUAUAAAAACUCACAACCUAAAGACAGCUAGAGUUAGGGAGAGGGCUGCAGUGUUGUUCCUAACGGAAGUUUGGACCACUCCGGGGUCUGGACUGCUCUGGGUCCCCUGAGAGGCAGAAGCACAGGUGAUGUGUUAGAGCUGAAGGCCGGUCAGGGCCUCAAGCUCUGCAUCAGAAGUUGGUGCAACAAUGCCAGUCUUGCCCGAGGCGUGGAUCCAGCUUGGCCCAGUCAGGGUGGACCUCACCCAGUCUCCAGGUUCAGUCCUGGAUGGAGAUCUUCACAAAGAGUGUGGCUGAUGGAUGAUGGUCUCCGUUCUUAGACAAGAGGUGGAUGUGGCGGUACCCUGGUGGGAAGGACAGCUCUGGUUACCGGGAGAGGAUCUCAAGGCAUUGGGAGAUGUAGGCUGAGAGAAGCCAGGCCCUGCCCACUGUUCCUGGCUGGCCCCUUCCCUCCAACACUCACCCUGCUUGAGGCUGUUCCAGGGGAUAGUACUCUGGCCAAUAAAAUCAUUCUUAGAGGAGGCAUCAUAGUCCUCUACUACGAAGCGAACGAGGGCAAGGUCGGGCACUACUACCUCAAACUCAAACUCUGUGUCCCACCACGGGUUGAAACCUAGAAGGACAAACACCAUAUUAAUAGCAAGGCCACCAGAACCAGCAGCCUGGCCCAACCCAGCCAGUACAUACUAUACCAUUAUUAGUAAUAACUGAGGUCUGAUGGCUGGCCACGUCCCGGGCCACACCGUGGAUCUCUACUAUCACCUUGGGGUCCACGAUUGAAUUCUUACUCUUGUUGACUUUUGGUAGCUGCUGUCCAGAGAUGAUCUAAGGAAAUGUGGGGACAGGCAUUCAGGAUGGCAGUGAGCAGCAGGGAUCCCCAACAAGUAGCUGUCCCUUCUGUGUCUGGCCAUACCCGGACACGGAGCCUCUUCCGAGCCCACCAGGGCCCCUGAGUCAGGGCACGUGAGCUGAAGGUGGUGUUGGGGUCUCUCAGGAAGGCAGGUUUCAGCACAUACCCACAGGCUCCGUUGUCCUGGAAGCGGCCCAGGUAGACAUCCAUUUCCGGCCCAGGGGUUUGGAAGUUCAGAGCCACUGCAGGUGGAUGAGAGCAGUCACAAGCUGUGGGCUGGCCCCAGAGUCCUAGAGCCCAGCCUGCUGGGAGUGCUCUGUAGUCUAGGUUCCUAUGUGAGUUGGAAGAAGGAUCCAAUGAUGUUCCAGUGUCUCCUGCCUUCCCAUCAUCCUAACUGACCCACCACACUGACCACAUGUUCUGUUUAUUUGUGUGGGUGUAAUAGAC